UGCAAGGUUUAUUAAUUUUUUGUUUUUGAUUUUAUGAUCACACAUCGGUAUUUUGCAUCUUAGAAAAUGUCGUACUUAUAUAUAUUUUUUAUUCGAUUACUCGUAGAGUGAUGGGUAUCAAGACCCUAGUAUACUUUGCGAUCUUGUGCUCGUCUAUGAUAAAUUAUGAAAUAGAAGGCAUUCAAUUUUCUAAACAAGAAAAACUUCAAUGGGUCAAGCAAUUUAAGCUCCUCAAAAAGCCGAGUGUUAAGGCAAUCAAGGUUCUUCUUUUUUUUUUCUUCUUCUUUUAUCUUAAAUUUUCUAAUUUGUAUGUGCGAAAUAUAUUUGAUUUACAAUUUUUUUACAGAACUGAACGUUACUUAUGUGUUUUUUUUAUUUUUUUUAUUUUUUUUAUAAUGUUUUAUGCAAGAGAAAUUGUGUAAGGCGCUAGUUUAUUGCAAGUAUAUAACUCUUGUAAUAAUAAUCGAGUUCAAUUCGCAGACAAAAUAUGGAGAGUUGUACGAUUGUGUGGACUUCUAUAAACAACCUGCAUUUGAUCAUCCUCUAUUGAAAAAUCAUUCUUCCCAUCCGCAGUUGAGACCAAGUUUUGUACCAGAAUGGACAGAAGCUAAAAAUGAGUUGUUGGUUGAGAAUAUGCAAUUAGAAGAUGGAGGAUGUCCUGAGGGAACUAUUCCAAUCAGACGAUGGAGUAAAGAUGAAUUUAUCCAAUUAUCACGAUUUAUAGAAGAUUAUUUUUCAAGAUCCAAGCCUAACACAAAAAAUCAACAACAAACAGGCACUCAUGUAAGCCUGUAAUCCAUCAGUUUCUGAAUAGUUUAGAAUUUGAGAGGUUCCUAAUACACGUGUUCCU